UAGGAAUCUACGCCUGCAUAUCAGUGACUCCCUGGACUUUGCAAUCUCGACCACGCGAUCAAACAACGGCUAGCUAUGUUGCCAGCUGAGUCCAAUAGUCUAAGCAUAGCCACGAGCGCACAGGAUGCCAUAAAGCAUGAUUGGACAGAAGACCUUCCGCAGACGGAUCACCUAAAUCUAUUCCGCGAUACAGACUGGAGUCGCAAUGGACUAGGACCCCCUGCUAGCUGGGACGCGACUCUACAGCUCUUUACGAAAUUUGUGUUUGCAGACUCCCGAGCAGCGUGUCUAUGGUGGGGACCGGAUGCUGUCGCCAUCUACAAUGAAAUGUUCGCGCCCUUGUGCUAUGCGGUACAUCCUACGCUAAUGGGCUCGACUUAUGCCGAAUGCUUUCCGGAGCUAUGGCCGUUGAUUCGUCUCAUGUUCGAAGAGAGCAGAAAGACUGGCGUUGGGCAGAAUGUCACUCCGGACGCGCCACUCCUCGUUGAGCGCCACGGAUGGAAGGAAGAAGCUUUCUUCUCUGGCUCUUUCGUUCCCAUAGGCCCCUCUCAUCAGCCGCUAGGUUUUUACAACUCAGUGUUCGAGGUCACAAGUGAGAAACUUGCUGACCGUCGCACAUCCAUGCUGAAUAGGUUAGCUGCCGUACCUUCACAAGCUUCAGGUGCUGUGAUUGCCCAUAUCCUGGAUACUCUUGCUACAAAUCCAAACGAUAUAACUAUGGCCCUACUGUAUGAACUCAAGGAUGAGACCGAAGUAACCACGCUACAAUUGCAUGGACAAAUUGGCCUACCUGAGGGACAUGGACUGCGUGUUGACUGCGCAGAUCUCAGAAGUAGCCAGGGCCUGAUCCCUGAUCUGCGACAUGCCGGCUCAGAAGCGAUCUUUAUAGAUCAUGAUGAUCGAUUUACCUCUGUUUCCUGGAAAGGCUGGGAAGUGCCUUCUAAGAAAAUCGCCAUUCUACCUAUUGCAACUCUCGACUGUGCUUUUGGCUACCUCGUGGUCGGCAUGAAUCCAUACCGUCCAUUUGACGAAACGUGUCGUCGUUUCGCCCAAGAUCUCAAUCACAUGGUUUCGUCCAUCGUCUCUGCAGCCAUGACCUAUGAACUGGCGGAGUAUCAACGGGAACGACUUGUAUCAGAUCUUGCAUUUUCUGAUAUGAAAGUCCGUCAUCUCGUCGAGCACGCAACGGUGGGUAUGUGUAAUGUUUCUGUAGAUGGGAAGAUGCUUUGGGCCAAUGACCAUUAUUACAAUCUUGCAGGUAGGAGUGCGGAACAACACGUCAAUAACUACUCCUUCUAUGAUGCCUACCUGGAAGAAGACAUCUCCAAAGUGGAAGAAAUCUGGAAUGAACUUGUGGCGGGGAAUGUUCACAACAACAUCGAGUUACGCCUAAAACGACAGUACAUUUCCCCGAACGGAGAGGAGCUACCAGCUACGAUCCAGGUUCUCGCAUUUCCUUAUCGUGAUCCAGGUUCCGGCCAUGUGAAGUCGGUCAUGGCGUGUACUACCGACAUAUCGCGAUUGAAAUGGGCCGAGGCCUUCCAUGCCCGUUCAGCAGCAGAGGCCAAAGAGGAGAAGAAGCAGCAGGAGGCCUUCAUCGAUAUUGUGUCGCACGAGAUGAGAAACCCACUGAGUGCUAUUGUACACUGUGCAGAUGCUAUUGUUGCCGUGUUGGAUGCGUGUAAAGACACCGAUGUACCAAUCAAACAUCUCGAAAGUCUGGUCGAGAAUGCGCAAAGUGCCACCAUCAUCUUACAAUGUGCUAAGCAUCAGAAACGCAUAUUGGACGAUGUUCUUACGCUCAGUAAAUUGGACUCAAUAUUGCUGUCUAUUACGCCUUCGUCAGUCGAGCCCUCGCAGAUGAUACAUUCCGUCAUAGACAUGUUCAAGAUGGAGCUGGAAAGCACCAAUAUUAACUACACAGUUAAUGCAGAUCCAUCUAUAAUCGACCUCUCCCUAGAUUCAGUGUACCUGGACGCCUCUCGAGUCACCCAGAUACUCAUCAACUUACUGACGAAUGCGAUGAAGUUUGUGAAAUGCUCAAAGCAGCCGUCAGUAACCAUCAGAUAUGGUGCUUGCGUGUCCAAUCCACAGGAUUUCUUUGCCGAGAACUUUUUCUGGGCUGACAGCCAGUCCUGUGAUAACGUGACGAAUGAUUCAGAAUGGGGCUUGGGAGAGAAUGUCUACCUCACGUUCCUUGUUCAGGACUCUGGUAUAGGUCUCAACUACAACGAUAUCUCAAAAAUCUUCGGCCGCUUCUCACAGGCUAGUCUCAAGACCCAUGUCACAUAUGGAGGGAGUGGACUCGGUCUUUACAUUUCCAAGCAGCUGGCCGAGAAACAAGGCGGCAAAAUCGGAGUGACCUCUGUGCCGGGUCAGGGCUCGACGUUUGGAUUCUAUGUCAAAGGACGACGGAGUGAAAAGCAAUUAUUGCUCCCGACAGCACCGAAACCCAUCACGAAUGGGACAAAGGAGCGAUUGUCUCGAGAGCUGCGUGUCUUGCUGGUAGAAGACAAUCUGAUCAACCAACAAGUUCUCAGUAAGCAGCUGAGACGGUCCGGAUUCAUUGUUGAUGUCGCCAACCACGGCCUCGAGGCGCUCGAAGUUCUGGAGAAGAGCACGUUUGACGUUGUGCUCAUGGACUCCGAGAUGCCUGUCAUGGAUGGCCUCACUGCCACACGCGCAAUACGGAAGAAGGAGCGAGAGGGUCAAGGCCUUCUCGGUGAGGCAGCGACAACAAGAUAUCGAGCUGGCGGACGCCUACCUAUCUUCACGGUGACGGCAAACGUUAGAAACGAACAGAUCACAGCGGCACUUGCUGCGGGCUCGGAUGCCGUUGUUCAAAAGCCCUUCAAGGUCAUUGAUCUGAUUGAGAAGAUGAAAGCACUGGCCACUGCAGGCUGAUUCGAUUGACCUCCACAUUCAGACUGUCGCCAUUCAUGUCGGUGCUGAGCCUCGCAGUCCUAGCCACUAUGGCUGCAUUUAUAUUCCGGUCUCGACUGCGUCUCCAUACCAACAGCUACGCAUCUGACCAUGAUACAUGAUAUCUCUGGCCGCAAACAGCUGCUCAAUACAAAUACGACCGUCGCGGGAAAGCCACUGCGCCUUUCAGUCUCUUAAGGGGAACAAGAGACCGUCGUAGCCUUCGCUGUUCACCCGCCAAAUCGGCGCGAGGUGCGGUACAUGAUAUCAUAGGUCUCUGUGAGACACUCAUGGAUGACAACAACCUCUCGCUAGGGAGCCAUGUAAUGGGCUACACACAUCAAUCUGCGGCUGUGAAGCCCCGCCUCGGGCCAUAACAAUGGAAGCAGAUCACUGAUAGGGAUAUUCGAUGUAAAGUAACGUCCAAUAGGAACAUUUGCUGGUACUUACAGCUCAAC